UCUCAGAUGGAGGACGGCUCUACCGCAACGCCCAACCUCCCCCGCGCCGCGCGCGGUAUAUAUGCGCUGCGCGCUGGGGCUAGCUCGGUUAUGCCGCUCCAGCUCCUGUGUGAGUAAACGCCCAGUUACCUCGCCGGCGAGCUAGAGCCUAGAGCUGUCCAGUGGGUGGGCGCGAUGGACCCGUACAAGUACCUCAAGAUCCGUUUCAACCCCGAUGGCUCGCUCACUCGCUACGGGGAAGCGCCGCUCCUCCCCGCGGUGCCGGCAGGGGAGCCCGUCGCUGUCGCCGCGGAAGGCGAGGACGAGCCGGCGCGCUGCAUUGUGGUGCACUCCAGCGACGCCCCGCUCAACGACGCCACCGGCACGAGCCUCCGCCUCUUCGUGCCGUCCGACGCCGGAGCUCGCGGGCACGGCCGUGGCCACGGCGGGCUGCCGCUGAUCGUCUACUUCCACGGCGGCGGGUACGUCCUCUUCCGCGCGGCAUCCGAGCCGUUCCACAACACCUGCACGGCCGUCGCCGCCGCCGUCCCGGCGGCCGUCGCGUCCGUGGACUACCGCCUCGCGCCCGAGCACCGCCUCCCCGCGUCGUUCGAGGACGCCGCCGACGCGGUCCGGUGGGCGCGCCCGCACGCCGCCGCCGGCAGGCCGGUCUUCGUGAUGGGCAGCCACAACGGGGCCAGCAUCGCGUUCCGCGCCGCGCUGGCUGCGGUGGACGAGGGCGUGGACCUGCGCGGGGUGAUCCUAAACCAGCCGCACCACAGUGGCGUGAGGAGGACGCCCGCGGAGGAGGCGUCGGUGGACGACCGCGUGCUGCCGCUGCCGGCGAACGACCUUCUCUGGGAGCUCGCGCUGCCCUUGGGCGCCGACCGGGACCACGAGUACUGCAACCCGGAGGCCAUGCUGGCCAGCGUGGGAGCGGCGCGCCUGCGGAGACUCCCACCCUGCCUGGUGCUCGGCCGGCGGAAGGACCCGCCGAGGGACCGGACAAGAACACUAGUCGAUGCACUGCAGAUGGCUGGGGUGGCCAUUGAGGCAAGGCUCGACGGCGCCGGGUUACACGCGAUGGAGCUGUUCAAGGCCAACUGCGCCGCCGAGUUCAUCGCUCAGGUGGUCGACUUCGUCCGUCGCCACUCCGCCGCCGCCGCCGGCGACGUGGUCGUUGCGAGCAAGCUGUGAUCGUCAAAUCGUUCGGUCACAAUGGAGGUUGGUGUACGGCACUAUCUUGGAAGUUGCAUCUAUUUUUUAAAGGAUAUUUUCCAAAUCAUUCCAUGAUCAUCGCGUUACGAUGCCCAGUGGCGAGCUGAAGAGUCAAGUCUAACCAAUAAGUAGACUCAGUACAGUGCAGUCUUCCGGAUAGGUUCGUCGCGUUGGCCUUUUCUUUCUUACUGGAUCUUUCUUUCCAGCGAGUCGAUUUUGACGCCACUUUGCGGUCAGUACCGUCUUCUGGCUAUUGCCCUACAGUACGAGGCAGAUGUACUCGUAUAUACUGUUGUUGUUUUUCCUCCGGUCAAAAUACAUAUGUUUUUACUUUUCACAGUCUUCGAUAUAGGACCUUUACAAUACCCCUAAAUGGAUGUGAGCCAUCUAUUUAUUCUCAUCCAAUGGUACAGAUCUACUAUGUACUAGUGAAACUCUUACUAAUAAUAUAGUAGUAUUUGUGACUAA